AUGUCCAGUUAUCGUUGGCCACCAGUUCCUACAUCUGGACUUAAAUCACGAGAUUACGCUAAUGAACGUAGUAGCAGUAUAAGUAAUCAAUCAAUCAGAAACUCUACAGAACUUUAUCAAUUGGCUCAAUCGAAUAUUAUUCCUUUACCGAAUGAACCGGAUUUUGCAACAUGUGAUGAUACAUUAACUCGAUUUCUUGUGGCAACAAAUUAUGUUGUUGAAGAUGCUUUUAAACAAUUGAAAACAGCUGUAGAAUGGCGUCGAGAAUAUCAACCAUUGACAAUUCAAUGUUUAACGGUUGCUUGUUGUAAUCCAAAAAUUGGUAAGAAAUUUGUACAAACAUUUGCUGAUUGUUAUCCAGAAACUUUAUAUAAAUUUAUAUUAAUUAAUCAUGGUACAUUCUUUCAUGGUAUAUGGAAAGCAAUUAAAGUUUUUAUUGAUCCAAAUACAGUGAAAAAAGUGAAAUUAAUUCGUAAAGAAAAAAUUCAACGAACAUUUAAUGAAAUGUUUACCCCAGAUACAAUAACAUGGUUAUUAGAUGAAAUUAAAUUAAAGAAAAUCAAUAUCACAGAAAAUCAAUUGAGAUUUUGGGAAUCACCACAUUCAUAUGAAUUACAUGAUCCACGUGGUACACAUGAAUAUAUUCAACGUUGUAUAGAACCAUUAAAAUUAUUCAUUGAACAACAACAACAACAACAACGACAGCAACCACAGCAACAACAGCAACAACAGCGACCACAGCGACCACAGCAACGACAGCAACCACAGCAACAAUCUAAACAAAAAUCAUUUAUAUUAACAUAUGAUAAUUUAGGUUUAAAAACUCAUAUGCCACAUACAAAUAUUAUGGAUUGUUUAAAUAAAACAUUAAAACAAGUUAAAAUUCAAUCAUUCUAUAAUGGUAAAUAUAUUAAACCAAAUAAAGAAGAAUUACAAGCAUAUGGAGUUGAUAUCAAUGAUAAUCUAUCUGAAAUUAGUGGAGGAUCUGAAGAAGAAGAAUAA